ACAAGUCUUGCAUUCUUCUUCUUCUUCUACGUUUGCUGGCGGUUGGCAACCAGCUUGUAAAUGCAUUACCGCCUUCCUGACCCAGAGUGUGGAUAUAACCAUGGAGAGAGGGACAGCCAACCAAACAGACCGGGGGGGAGUAGCAGCAGCAGCAGCAGAAGGAGGAGGAGGAGGAGAUCCUCAACUUGGGCUCAGGAGCCGGUGCUCCUCCUGAAGCGGUGCAGUCACAGCUCUCCACCGGACCGGUAUGCACUAUUCACGGACGAGGAAGUGAAGCACGCCGACCGUGAAAGAUGCAGGCGGAGGACAUGGAGGUACCUAUCAUUAAUAACCUUAACGAUAACGGCGACAGGCAGAGACCGAAAGGGAAAGAUGUGUUCAAGGAUCAGCAGAAGGAGUCGGAGAGCUCCAUGGAGUCUCCCAACCUGGAGUUUGAGUACGGAGACACAGACACACUGACUGCUGAGCUCUCAGAGCUCUACAGUUACACAGAGGAGCCAGAGUUUGCCCUCAACAGAGACUACUUUGAGGAGGACUUCAAGAGCCAUGCUCGAGGCAGGAGGUGGAUCGAGCUGACGGUGGAAGAGCAGAGGACGUAUGUGAUGAGGCUGCUGGAUGCGCUGGAGGUGACAGACAGAGACAAGAGGCUAAAGGUGGCCAGGGCCAUCCUCUACUUGGCGCAGGGAGUGUUUGAUGAGUGUGACACAGAGGUGGAUGUGCUCCACUGGUCCAGACACAAUGUCUUUCUGCUCUACGAUAUGGGCAUCUUCACGGCACUGCUGGAGCUGCUUAGCAUGGAGAUAGAUAACAACCAGGCGUGCAGCAGUGCAGUGAGGAAGCCGGCCAUUUCUCUCGCAGACAGCACAGAGCUCAGAGUACUACUGAGCAUCAUGUAUCUGAUGGUGGAGACCAUUAGAGUCCAAACAGAGGACGACAGACCUGAGUGGAUAGCAGCAAGAGAAGCCUUCAAGAAUGAGCUAGGUUCACCUCUGUACAAUGGAGAGCCCUUUGCCCUGCUCCUUUUCACCAUGGUGACCAAGUUCUGCAGCAUGAACGCCCCGCAUUUCCCCAUGAAGAAAGUACUGCUUUUGCUCUGGAAGACAAUACUGUUCACCUUGGGCGGUUUCGAGGAGCUCCAGGAGAUGAAGGUGCGAGGCAGGGAGCGUCUGAACCUGCCCCCGCUGCCGGAGGACAGCAUCAAGGUGGUCAGGGCCAUGAGAGCGGCCUCGCCCCCGGCCUCUGCCAUGGAGCUCAUCGAACAGCAGCAGCAGCAGAAGAGAGGUCGCCGCAGCCGCAGGAGUGCCUUUGUUGAUAGCUUGGAAGGAGACAGUCCCUUUCCCAAGAAGCAGCCCCUGGUCAAACAGGACAGCUUGGACACAUACAACGAGCGGGAUCCCUUUAAGAAUGACGACGCUCGGGAUGAGGAGGAGGACCCAGAGGACACGGACAGCGGCAUCGAGGGCGAGGUGGAUCCCUUGGACCGUGAUGUCAUCAUCCAGCCCCCGCCUCCGCCGCCUCCCCUCAGACCCCCCACAGAAAGGGUCAACUUCCCCAAGGGCCUUCCCUGGGCCCCUAAAGUCAGGGAGAAGGACAUCGAGCACUUCCUUGAGACCAGUAGAAACAAGUUCAUCGGUUUUACUUUGGGAAAUGACACAGAUACCCUGGUGGGCCUGCCCAGACCUAUCCAUGAGAGUGUCAAGACUCUAAAACAGCACAAAUACGUGUCCAUUGCUGAAGUCCAGAUCAAAAAGGAGGACGAGCUUCAACAGUGUCCAAUGACUCUGGGUGAGGAGGAGGUGGAGGAGACACCGACAGAGAUGCUGUACCUGGGCAUGCUUCCUAACCUCUCCCAGUAUGUGAUUGCCCUCCUGAAGCUGCUGCUGGCUGCAGCUCCAACCUCCAAAGCCAAAACUGACUCCAUUAACAUCUUGGCUGACGUGCUGCCUGAGGAGAUGCCUAUCACGGUCCUUCAGAGCAUGAAGCUCGGAAUUGACGUGAACCGUCACAAGGAAAUCAUCGUCAAGGCCAUCUCGGCUCUGCUGCUGCUGCUCCUCAAACACUUCAAACUCAACCAUAUUUAUCAGUUCGAGAUCGUCUCCCAGCACCUGGUGUUUGCCAACUGUAUCCCACUCAUCCUCAAGUUCUUCAAUCAGAACAUCAUGUCCUAUAUCAGUGCCAAAAACAGUAUAUGUGUGCUGGACUUUCCCCACUGUGUGGUCCAUGAAAUGCCUGAGCUCACUGCUGAGAGCCUGGAAGCAGGAGACAGCAACCAGUUCUGUUGGAGAAACCUGUUUUCGUGUAUUAAUCUGCUGAGAAUAUUAAACAAGCUGACCAAGUGGAAACACUCCAGGACGAUGAUGCUUGUGGUGUUCAAGUCUGCGCCCAUCCUAAAGAGAGCUCUAAAGGUGAAGCAGGCCAUGAUGCAGCUCUACGUCCUCAAGCUACUAAAGAUCCAGACCAAGUACCUGGGCCGCCAGUGGAGAAAAAGCAACAUGAAGACCAUGUCAGCCAUCUACCAGAAGGUCCGCCACAGGCUCAAUGACGACUGGGCCUAUGGAAAUGAUAUCGACGCUCGGCCCUGGGACUUCCAGGCGGAGGAGUGCGCCCUGCGGGAGAGCAUCGAGAAGUUCAACAGCCGUCGCUACGACAAGAACAAGAACGGAGACUUCACGCCCGUGGACAACUGUCUCCAGAGCGUGCUGGGCCAGCGCGUAGAGCUUCCCGAGGACUUCCACUACAGCUACGAGAUGUGGCUGGAGAGAGAGGUCUUCUCUCAGCCGAUCCAGUGGGAGGGGCUGCUGCAGAAUCCGUGAUGGAGGGAGGGGGUGGAGGGGUUGGACAGAGCAGGAUGGGGGGGAAAUGUGGCGGUGGAGAGGUCACAUACGAGCCAGUCGGAGUUGUUUUAGGGUGUGUUCUUACUGCAAAAAUGGAGCCCGAGGAGAGGAGGAGGAGGAGGGAAUGGGGGUUAUACUCCACAUCAGUGAUGGAGGGAUGGGGGAGGGUGGAGAGGAAGAAACUGGAGAUGGAGAUGGAGAUGGAGAAACCACCUCCCAGGCUAUCCAGUAAUGGGAGAUGAUGGAAGAUUGAUAGUAAAAUGGAGCAAAUUAGACAAGUGAAUGGAGCUUCCUGCUGUGAGCUCGGCACAAAUAGAUGCCACACACACACACUUAACAUGUGCCUAUGACUACUGCGAACACACUCACACGGAUGUGACAGGCAAGGACAGAGGUAGCUGUUAACAUGAGACCGCUGUAGCAGGAGACUGUUUCGGCCAGUUAUAC